AUGUGUCAGUGCUGCGAUGCCAUAAAUUCAACGGAAAGCUUACGCAAUGCAUUCGUACUGCUGCUCCUGGGCGCUAUCCUACUAAAUAGUUGGAACACUCAGCGGGACGGCAGCACGACCAGUGAACUGGCUGCUAUUGGCAGCGGAAGCGUACACGCGAAUGGCGAACUAAAAUUUACUUUUGCUACUUUAGAAAUGUGCGCAGCUUGGAAAGUUUUUGCCAAAUCGUUACAAGGACUACUGCGAGCAAAUAGGGUAAAGCGAAAUACACUGGCUAAGGCCAUUUGGGAAAAAUGCAGUGACGGGUCGGACGGGUUGGGCGCGUUGCAGCGCGCUAAGACAGCUGGCGGCGUGUUGUACAACGAGAACAGAAAUAAUGUUAUACCCGCCAGAGUGGUUUGGGCUGCGGUGGGCAAAAGCGUCGAUUUGCUGUGCGAUUUAACGCCACCAACGGCGCAAGAUUCCGUAAAGCUGUUGUUGUGGUUCAAGGACUCCACCGGAAUACCACUUUACAGCUUGGACUCGCGCGGCGGAAAUAUCAAAUUAGCACCGCACUCGGCCAUAGCUAGCGAUUUGGGUCAGCGUUUGUUCUUCUCCAUUGGCGAUAAUCCGAAGGACUCUCGCCUACAGAUACGCGAUGUGAAGCCAACGGAUGGUGGAAUUUACCGCUGUAGAAUAGAUUUUUUCAAUUCGCCAACACGCAACUUUAGAAUUAAUUUAACUUUAGUCGUUCCCCCCGAGGAGCCACGUAUUUUCGAUGCACAAGGCAAGGAGAUCGCCCAAAUGGCCGGACCAUUUCGUGAGGGCUAUGAGCUUUUUUUAUGCUGUCAAGUUAAAGGAGGUCGUCCAGCACCCAAGGUCACCUGGUGGCGUGAUGACAUGGAACUGAUAGGCACCAGCCACACGUCUGUAGAGGAGGGUGCGACCGUUAUGGUGAAUCAAUUGUUGAUCGGCACAACGACACGUGAUUAUUUUGGUGCGAAAAUUGAGUGUCGUGCGCAAGGCACAAAGCUGAUAGCACCAGUAAUAAAAGAAGUAACGGUGCAAGUUCAUUUGAAACCGGUACGCGUGAAAAUCCUCACAGCCAAUGAUCUGCUGACAGCCGGUCAGCCUGUGCCUUUGCGCUGCGAUUCGUGGGGUUCAUAUCCGGCGGCGAAGAUUACAUGGUUGUUGGAUGGUGAGCCGAUACGGAAUGCGGAAGUGACCGUACACAGUGACAAAGAGGACUCUAAUACCACAACCAGCAUCCUCAAUUUGAAGGUAACAUCGGACAAUGAUAAUGCCGAGUUGACGUGUCGUGCGUCGAAUCCUUGGUUCUCUGGUAGCGCCAUCGAGGACAAGCGCAUCAUUCGUGUGGCAUAUCCACCAACUGUGUCGGUGCACUUAGCCAAUGAGGAUCCCAGUCGCUUUGUUACCAAGGCUGAGGGUCAAAAUGUGACUUUCAAGUGUCGCGCGGAUGCUAGACCACCAGUAAUGUCGUAUGCCUGGUUCAAAAAUGGUAUGCGUAUGUCUGGUGAAAGUUCGGAUAUAUUAUACCUGACGCAGUUGGAGCGCGAAAGUGCGGGUGCCUACGCCUGUGGGGCAGCCAAUACGGAGGGAGAGACGCGCAGCUCCAGCUUAACGCUGAAAGUCCAAUACUCGCCCAGAUGCCGACCGGGCACAGAGCAAACAUCACUCGGAGCACUGAAUAUGCACUCGGUGCAGGUAAAAUGCGAAGUGGAUGCGGAUCCGCCAGACUCAGUGAAAUUCAGUUGGACUUACAACAACACAAGAAAUGUGUCGCCGGUACUCAACUCGAGAAUCACUUCCAAUGGACUGGUCAGCACAGUAACCUAUCUGCCACAAACCGAUUCCGAGCUGAUAACGCUCGCCUGCUGGGCGAGCAACUCGGUGGGGCGUCAAACCACCCCAUGUCUGGUGCAUAUACUCCCAGCAAAUCCACCAGAGGCACCUAAAGCUUGUGAAUUGCGCAACGACACCGUCUUGGAGGUAGUUUGUGUGGCGGGUAACGAUGGCGGCCUCACUCAAUAUUUCCUGCUCGAAGUAAUUGGUGGUGAUCCACUCUAUGCCAACGAUGCGGGGCGUAGCUUUGCCGAUGCUAAUGUGGGCGACAAUGAGCUCUCCACUAUGAACGACCAGGCGACAUCAGCACCGGUGCUACGCAUGCAGGAGCCGCAACCACAGUUUCGCCUCAACAGCUUAGAGCCCGGGCGAGAAUACCAAUUCUUGGUGUAUGCCGUCAAUGCAAAGGGACGCAGCGAGCCGCCGGUGGUAAUCGAGCGUGUGCGUGUGGCUGCACAACUGGGGCCUUACGACGAGUCUAUACUCUCCGAGGAUCCCACACCAGCAGAAACUACACACCAUUCAAGUGGCGGCCUGAGUGCCAGCGCUAGUGGCAGUGGUGCGGGCGUGGGUGCGGGCGCCAGCAUCGAUGUACAUGGACAUGAUAAACAGCAGUCGACACUUCUUAUAUUGGCCGCCGUUGUGGCGAUAGGUGCCGUCAUUGUAACGUCAAUUAUCGUGGCGGGUAUUGUGGUCGUCUGCAGGCAUCGACCGCGGCCACCUGAACCGCAGGAUGUGCGCAAAAGUAUGCGACCCGCGCGCAGCGAUGUGCCGUCCAUGUAUAUCGAAGAGGACGCACUGAACGACGAGGAGGCGGUGGCCGGAACACGUUCUGCCGACAUACGUGCCGCACGCAUACUCCCCUCCACGCUGGGACCGCGCUGCAGUGCCAGCACUACGGGCAGUCAACAUCACUACAUUUCCGAGGGUUUCAUUCAGUACGCGCAGCCCAGCCUCAAUGACCCAGAUUUAAUUUUGCCACGCGGCGAAAUGGAAUUUACAACGUUGGACCCGACGCUGAAAUAAACAACUUACCUGCCGAUCCUGUCGGAUAAACGUAAAAACAAAAAAAAAUAUUAAUAAGAAAAAAAAAAACAAACAACAACAUGAAACAAUGCAUUUUAAGGAAUUUUAGUUAUGUCUAUUUUAAGGUUGACGCUCGAAUUUUUUUAUGAAACAAAUUAGCAUAAAAUUAGUUAAAUAAAUUUAAGAUUUAGUGAAAUUAAGAGAGAAUAGAAUCACUUAAAAGUAUUAUGAAUAAAUGUAAAUUAAUGCUGCAAUGAAAGAGGGAAAAUUAACAAAAAACUCCGAAUGUUGUAAAUAAAAAAUCUGCAGUGAGAUUCUGUAAAUCAUUAACGCUAAAGCUGCAUUGCUAAAUUUAUAAAAGAACGAGUAGGCGCAAGUAACCCUAAUAUAUGAAAUUUGCAAAACAGCAUCAGUCGUCGAACGUUGUUGUUGGUGUUUAGCGAGUGAGCUCUAUAAUCAUGAAAUGACUAGAAACUAGAAGAAAUCGUAUACACAUUUUACAAAAUUAUUUUUUACUUUAAUAAAAAUUAUUAUCAGAGUGCGAACUGGCAUUUUCUACCGUGCACUGAAGAGCCUGAAAAUGGAAUGACUAUUGGUAAGAAAAAAAUGUUAAUGGAUUUGAUUCCAUGCCCCAAAUAGAAAUAAAUUUAAUUCAAUCUUUGGCAAGAAAAAAAAAAUUAAUACGUAUAGUUAAAGUUUUUCUAAUAAUUGUUAAAAAAAAAAUCAAAUAAUUUAUAUUUUACUGAUUGAUUGUAUCUUCUUAUGUAUUUCCUCUGUAUCGUAUAAGCCCGCAGAUUGCAAUACGAUAAGUCAUUCUACCUGGUGACCUCGCUCUGGGCGUGUCUGGCAAAUACGAGAUACUUUAAGCAAAUUUUCCCAAUUUCUAAUAAAUGUUCAUUAUUUUCCUUUUCAUGUAUAUUAAUAUUUUACAAAACUGAAAAAUUAUUUGAUUAAACUAUUUUAGAUGCUCUACGACUGACAAAUACCUAAUUAAGUUUAUCACAAGGUGGUUAGCUGGAAUACAUUGGGGUGCGCUAACAAAUCUCAUCAGCUAUCAGGCUUACAUAAAGACGGACGUAAACGAGCUCAUGUAGAAACACAGUUAACAUUUUCGCCAUGCUCGGUUCCCCACUUUCUCUAUUCAUGGUUCUGAAUACUCAACGGUGCUAUGCAACAGUUGCCAGACUUUCACUCAAAUUCAUAAAGCGUAAACCAAGUGAUUUAUUUGGGUCCAAAUCGAACCAAGUAAGUUUAGCUACUCUGCAACCUGCGCUCGAAUGCCAUCUAUAUUCAUGACUCUUAAGAUGAUGGAUAUAAAUUAAGAAUAAGGACCGUUACGCCUUUGAAUUAUUAGACCACUUUCAUUGGUUUAGUUCAAUGACUAAGAGUAUAAAGGAAGUAUUGAGAGGAGCUGCCCAACUCAUUCCUGUGAAAAAAGUAAACCUCUUGCAAAAAAGGUGAAAAAGUAAUUGCAUACGAAAUUCAUUCUUCUACAAUUUCGCCAAACAAUUUUGGUCGACUUCAAAAAUACUUGUCAGUAUUUUUCUUCUUCUAAAAUUUCUCCAAGUAAUUUUGGUCGACUUCAAAAAUGCUUGUCAGUAUUUUUCUUUCGUGUUUACCGUGUGGAACUCAACAACUAAGAACUUCUCGACUUGAGAAGUAAGAAUACUUCCUCUACAAUCCCCUGUUGGUACCGGAUAAAGGGCUUGCCGAGCUAGGGCAUUCAUACGACUUGCCUCAACGUUCUUGUAAAAUUCAUUUAUCUUAUCAUUCCAACAUUCGCCGUGAGCAACGCGCAACGGUAUAUCAAUUUUUCAUAGAUCCUCUCUCAUGAAAACUUCAGGAGCCCCCAAAUUGGAUAUUGUUAUUACCCAGAUUUCCGCGCUAUAAAAUAACGGUCGGCACGAUGAGAAACAUAUUUAUUCAGGCCGUUAUUUCAUCGAGAGAGCACUUCACUGCUUAGUGGCAUACUCAGCUUAAAGUGGAGAGAGACGUUGGCAAGAGAGAUACUCCAUUUGAUUUCAGGGUUUCACAGUAUUACAGUAUCACUGCACGCUAGGCGAUAGCAAAAAAGUCGCGUGAAAAUACCUUUUUCAAUUAAGUAAGUAAAUGGUGGUUAAGUUUUAAUGGCUGGUGUUAAUUUUAAAUAAAAUACAAUUCUUUUAGCAAAUUAUUGUCAUUUCUCUUUAUUAUGGUAAUAUUGGUACGACUCAAUUACGUAUGGAACAAAAUAUCGGCCAAAUAGCUGCCGCGGCCUCGGCGGCACACCUCCAUCCGAUGGUCCAAAUUUUCGAUGACACUGAGGCAUAAUUGAGGUUCUAUACCGUUAUUGUGCCGAACUAUCUCAUUCUUUAGCUCUUGAAUUAUUGCUGGCUUAUCGACGUACACCUUUUCUUUCAAAUAACUCCAAAAAAAGAAGUCCAACGGUGUCAAAUCACAUGAUCUUGGCGGCCAAUUGACAUCGCCGUGACGUGAGAUUAUUCGGCCAUCAAAUUUUUCGCGCAAAAGAGCCAUUGUUUCGUUAGCUGUGUGACAAGUGGCAUCGUCCUGUUGAAACCACAUAUCGUCCACAUCCAUAUCUUCCAAUUUGGGCCAUAAAAAGUUCGUUAUCAUCUCGCGAUAGCGAACUCUAUUCACAGUAACUGCCUGACCGGCCUCAUUUUGGAAAAAAAUACGGCCCAAUGAUGCCGCCGGCCCAUAAACCGCACCAAACAGUCACUCUUUGUGGGUGCAUUGGUUUUUCGGCAAUCACUCUUGGAUAAUCAUUCGCCCAAAUGCGGCAAUUCUGCUUAUUGACGAAUCCACUGAGGUCAAAAUGUGCCUCAUCACUGAAGAUGAUUUUCUUCGAAAAUUGGUCAUUCACUGUUGCCAUUUCCUGCCACCAUUCUGACCAUUGACGACGCUUGAAAUGGUCAAGAGGCUUUAGUUCUUGAGUCAGUUGCACCUUGUAAGCGUGUAAAUGCAAGACUUUAUGCAUAAUGUUCAUCAACGACAAGCGUGAAAGGUGCAAUUGUUGGGCACGACGACGAGUUGAGGUGGAUGGCUCUUCCACCACACUAUCGCGAGCAGCAGAAAUAUUUUCUGCAGUACGAGCUUUACGAGCAUGCACUGGUGUUUUCAAAUCUCCUACAUACCCGGUUUGCUCAAACUUUUGCACAAUGGACGAUUAAAUUGACCGCAAAAAUCACGUAGUGCGCGAUAUGCAUUUUGAUUUGAACGCCCGUUUUCAUAAUAAGCCUGAAUAACUUUAACGCGUUGUUCAUUGUGUAUCUUUCCAUGGUUCAAAUUGAGUUAGUCUGAAAUUAAAAAAUGUGAAAUGAAAUGCUGAAGAAAACUUGACGUUUAAGUGUGGUUCACAUUCAACAUCGGCUCUUGAAACAACCCUUUGUUUUGAUACAAGCAGUGCCAGUAAGACAUAAGAUUUCUACAGCAAGUGCCGUAAAUUUUUCGAUGUUGCGAGAAGCAGGGGCCAAAAUGUAAAGGUGCCGGCAAAAUACAGGCUGACUUUGUUUGCUUGGAUUUGAUAACUGUCUAAAAUGAAUUGAGCAAUCCUGAAAUAUAUAAAAUGAAGCAUGAAGCGCUUGAAGUACGGCGAAGUCAGCCUGCAUUCGGUCAACACCUUAAAAGUCAAUCAAGCAAUGCAACUAUAAUACUGCGUUUACGAAUAGGCUCACAAUGAAUGCUAAAUUAAUGGAAAGGAAAUGCAUAUCUCACUCUGACAUGCAUGAAUAUUGCCAAAUAGUGCACUUUUAAGAAAAUAAUUUCAGUUUCAAAAACAAAGUACUUAUAAAAGCCUAAAACUUAGUUAAUUAAACCUAAUGUAAAUUAUGACUCGAUUGUUGGUUAAGCCUACAGCACAGCAUACAAAGAACAUUGUAAAUAUGAAAAUACAUAUGUACACACACAUACAUACAUAGAUGCAUAGUUGUAAGAAAAUCAUUUAAUUAAACCAAAGCAAAUACAAAAAAUAAACAAACAAAAGUAAAUCAAAAGAGAAAAGCCAAUGAUCAAAUAGUCAAAAUAGUAAUCAAAAUCAUUUGUAAAUUAUUUCAUUAUAUAGAAAUUAGAUAAAUAUAUAUAUAUAUAUAUACAUACAUACAUAUAUACAUGCAUACAUAUACAUAUGUAUAAGUUAAGUUUGAUUAGUGUAGCUGAUGAAAAUCAAAAAGAAUUUCAUUUAAGUUUAACAAAGUAAAUAAGUUUAAUGAAAAGCAAAAACAAUAAUAAUAAAAAUGCAUGGAGAAACAUUCAAAACAAAAACCAAAAACAAAAAAACAAAAAAUAAAACAAAAAAAUCACAAAAGAAAUCAUUGGACGCGGCAACUGCAGCAUUAGUGGCAAUUAGUGUUAGUGACGAUGUAUACAUACUAGUGCAUACAUACAUACAUAUAUACGAAACAUGCAUACAUAGAAACUUGCAGCUAAACAAUAAAAUAUGUUAAAAAUUCACCACUUUUUACUCAAUGUAAUUUCUCCUCUUCGAAUUAGGAAAACCGUGAAAUAGAAAAGAAACAAAGAAAAACAUUUGGUAUAGAAAUUAAAAAAACUGCAAAUAAGCAAACCAGAAUCCGCAGUGUUGCACUGAAACAUAGCUGCAGCCAGCAACUGCGCAAGCUCUUGCACAAAUGCAUGCAUAGGUACAUAAGAAAAUCUGUGUGUGCGUGUGCGUAAGAUGCAAGUAUUGAGCGACUAAUAAAUAAUAAUAAUUAUAAUAAAUAAACGAGUAUUAAAAAUACUCGACAAAUUAUUGUAAAUGUAAAUGUAAAUGUUAUUAAUUAAUUAUCUGAUUGAAUUUACAGUAAAGAUAUGUCAUGACCACAUGAAAACCACACACACACAAUUCAUUCAUAACCCGCAGGGAAAAACCACUAUUACCGAACUGGGCUCUUCUUGCGCUGUUACUAUAGUACCAUGACUUCUCUUUUUUAUAAAUAAAUAUAAGCAACUGGUCCAUUUGUGGGAAAACAUAAAAAAACGAAUAAGAGGACGAGCUCAGCCAAACACCCAAAAAGGGUAUAAGCACCAAUUAUUUAUUAUUAAUUUAUUUACAAUAUUUACAGUACUCCAUACUCGUAUAAACUAUAAAUGGUGGAUCUUUUCAUGACGAUGCCCGAGAAAGUGUAUAAAGUCUGCGGCCUCAACCCUUUUUAAAUAUUUCAGAUCGAAAUCAGAUUUCAGCAUCGCUUUUCGGUAGUUCCAAA